UUUAUCCAUUUAUUAUUUAGGUUAAAGAUUUUUCAUAUUUUUUUGAAAAUUUAAUUUAAGAAAAACUACAAUAAAAAUGGCAAAUUUAAAUUUGAACACUAAAUUAGUUUUAAUUUUGUUAAUUUGCUUCCUUAUAAUUUUCACAAUCUGUAUAUGUGAACAGCCAGAAAGAGAUGAAUCCGAUUUACUUGUUCGAAAACGACGUUGGGGCUAUGGCUAUGGUGGAUGGGGCGGAUGGGGUGGUGGCCGUGGUUGGGGCUGGGGACGAGGAAUGGGAGGCUGGGGCGGCUACGGAAUGGGAGGAUGGGGAUGGGGACGUUGAAAAAUUAAAAUAUUUCUUGGAAUUAAUUGAAAAUAAAUAUUUUAUAUUGAAUUUUGAAUUAUUAUAA